GAAAACAAAACAACAAAAUAUCCAAAUAUUUGGAAGUGUAAAGAAGUGUAAUUUAAAUAAAAAUAAUAAUGAGAGUAUUUUCAAUGACAUAAACAUAACUGACAUAAACAUUCAAAUUCCAAAUACUUUAGUGUCAGGAUGUCUCUAACUUUCAACUAAAUAUAAAUAUUGGACCCUAGCUACCCAAUUUGAAUAUUUAAACAUAAUUUAAAUUACUUAAAUAGGUUUGCGAAAACAUAUCCCAUUGUAAUAUUUUUUAACUAAACCAAGCACUUUUAUUUCGAUUAUGUGUUUUAAUCGGUCUAGAAAUUAUAUGUAGAAUUAUAUUCAAAUAAAUUAAUAAGUAUUUACUGUCAGUACUCAAAUACAAGAUUUCAUUCCUAUAAUGUCAGUGAAAAAUAGAAGCUAUCAAUAUGCCGAAAAUCAUAGAAUUAACAGUUGAAAUAGAAAUACAGAGGGUCUCAUGUCCUGGUGUGUGGCUAUGUCAAGAUGGUAGAGUUUCAUUAUCAGUUUAUGCACUUGGCACCAGUUAUCAAACAUGUAUGCUGCCUCCUAUUUUUCCUUUGACGUUCAAAGAUGUGUUCUACUUUCGUAAAAGAUUCCAAGAGACUUGUGCUUUGAACAAUAUUUGUUGUCUGUUGAAGGACGAAACUAUUUAUUGCGAGCUGGUGCAGUGGUCAGAAGACUGUGUGUCCAAUGAAUGCACGAUCCUCGCCCAGUACCUCGGCGCGCUGAAUGAUGUGCUUUUCCCGCCGAACAUGUGCUCUAAUGACGGAGUGGACCUGCUAAUGAGAAGAUCUAAAGAUUUUCCUGGUAUCCUGUCGCCGAAAAUCGAGAUCGCCACGAAAGUUCGCAUAGACGAAGUGUGGAAUCAGUCGUGCCUCGGGCAUUUCAAGCAGACCCCCUGCCAUUGCGAUAACGAUUCCUCCAGACAGAAGACUGUUUGUCACUCCGCCAAAUACCAUAGAAAAAAGUGCGGCACCAGUCCUGGCAAGAGAUCCGCAUCCAGAUCCAGAUCGAGAUCAAGAUCUGGGGGGUCCAGAUCUUGUUGUAGCCUAACUCCUGUCGCAGCAGAACUAAAUAGCACAUGCCGAUGUCCCAAUCCAAUGUCUAAAUCCCGGACGUCAGUGUCGCGCGGGCGGGCCGCUAGGGGCGCGCGGCCUGCCCCCUUCAGCGUGUACAGUGUGGCGCAAGUCACACGCGACCGCGACGUGCGGCGCGAUGAUUGUGACCAAACCGAAAGGACGCACAGCGAAACGGACAACAUAAGCUCGGACAGAAUACAAAAGUUAAUAUUAGAGAGUCGCUAUAUCGACCUCGAGCCCUGCAAGUCAACGCGCAGGGAGACGUUCAGCAAAACGAACGUCGCAGGUAAAUUGACUCCGUGCGUCUGUGAAAUAUGUCGGCGCUAUCACGAGUUGUUUCACUCGGAGGGUAGUUUGAAAAGUUGAUGACUAUGUUCCCGUUUAGAUUCAUCAAAAGAAAUUUGUUGUUGUUGUAAUCAAAAUGUUUUAGGACCACGAAUUUAGAUACACUUUAACGUACUUGUCUUGCCCCAAAUUAUAUAGUAUUAAAAUAUAAAAUGCACUAUAAUCUGUAAUAAUUUACAAAAACAUCUAUAAUAUUUAUUUUAAAUCUAGU